AGCCAUUUGCACUCAAGGGCGUUCAUUGGUUCAAGAGCUCCUAAAAAUCCACGGUCGCGUGUAUCGGUCCUUUGAGCGAGGAUGUUGAGCGGAAUCAGCUUACCGAACACAGCGCAGCAGCGCAUUUGUUUACUCUUGCAUCUGAAGGACGCCAUCAGUUUCAGGACGACUGCAUGCCACUCUGCACGUGUGUGCAAGGGCGCUCUUCGGGUGUGCUUGCGAAACGAGUUGCGCCAGCGUCUGACCCGCGAUGACCCGCGUGUCCGCCUGGAUACUGUAGAGAAGCUGGCAAGAAUCGCGAGGGGUGACGCAGUGGCCCAAGAAGCUCUAGUGGCGAGCACAUGCGACACGGCCUCGGAGAUUCGUGGCCGGGCGGUGGCCGUAGUGGCGAAGACGGCGAAGCGAGGCGAUCGCAGCGCCAUUGCCGCCGUGACUGCGCGGUUGCAGGACUGUAUCGCCCAGGUCCGGCUUUUUGCUGUUUAUGCAUUGCCAAUGCUCGUUGAGAUUGGAAGCGCGGAUGCUACAGCUGCCCUCGUUGCGCGCUUAGAGGACGAGGCAAGCAACAUCCGGGUCGCGGCGAUGCAGGCGUUGUCAGAGAUUGCGCAGACGGGGGACACAGUCAUCAUGGCAGUUGCGCUGGAGCGGCUGGCACACCCGGAUUUGUCCAUGCGUGCGGCGGCACUGACGACCGUGGCCAGGGUUGCGGAGAAGGACGACGAGCGUGUGAUAGUUGCUUUGGCGGAGCGCUUAGAACAUGAGGAGGAGUCCAUGCUUGAGUCAGUAGCGGAUGCGCUGUCGAGUGUCACCGAGAAUCGAAACGCUUUCGUCAUGGAUGCUGUGCUGGGACGGCUGGAGCACGCACAAUUGUCGAUGCGCGAGGCAGCGAUCGUGGCCUUGCCUAGAAUUGUCGAGCAGGGCGACACGCGUGCCAUUGCUGCCAUCGCGGCCAGGAUAGAAAGCAAGGAUCAUAAAGUUCGCGAGGCGGCUGUGCAGGCCUUGCUACGGACCGUCGCAAUUGGAGACUCUGCUGCUGUACGGAUUGUUGCUUCCCGAUUGGAAUCUCCGUUUCUGGAAGCACGAGAGGCAGCAGCGCUUGCACUGUCGAGACUCUCGCAUCCUGGAGACGAAGGCGUGGUAGCUGAGGCGGCAUCACGGCUAGAGCAUGCCGAGCCUGGUGUGCGCGAGACGGCCGUCUACGCGCUGUCGAAGGUCGGCAGGCGAGGCUCCGCAGGAGCGGUGCGCGGCGUCGCUGGGCGGACGCAAGACGCGGACUGCCGAGUGCGCCAGACUGCCGUGCGGGCCAUGAUGGACGUCGCAGAUGAGAGGGGACGCCGCAGCGCUGAGCGCCGUGGUGGCCAGGCUGGAGGACGAAGAUCCCCGCGUGCGCGGCGCCGCCCUGGAGGCCCUAGGAGCUCUUGCGGCGCGGGAGGACGCAGCGGCCAUCGCGGCCGCCACCGCCCUCCUGGAGGACGCCGACUACGAGGUGCGCCAGGAAGCGGCCGCUGCCCUGGAGGCCUUGGCCGGCGAGGCCGACACGCGGCGUCGCCAGGCCGCCGUGCGUGAGCAGUGGUCGAAGGAGUGUAGGUGACGGCCUUUGAAAAGGAGCAGAUUACUCCGGGCCUCCUAAAUGGGGUCCGAGUGGAUGGCGUCGGAGGAUCGCGCCCCGUCGCCGAUGCAUCGACGAUGCGGCUCGAUGUGGAGCCCGUGUUUCCCGGGUGUAGAGGGCAGAAAAUACACCCCAUAAGAAUCACCCCGACAAGCGAAGCCGUUGAGUAAACGCACGCAAGGAAUGAAUCGAACAGGGCAGGGCUGUUUAGUCAACGCCCAGGGUUGAGGGUGACGAAGAGAAGGAUAAGGAUAACGAGAAAGAGAAAGAGGAGAAGGAGGAUCAACAGCAGCAUAGCGGAGAUGAAAUU